CGGAUCGCGUGGCCUGAGAGCCAGGCGCCGGUCAGGAUGGUGGACAGCGUGUACCGUACCCGCUCCCUGGGGGUGGCGGCCGAAGGGCUCCCAGACCAGUAUGCGGAUGGGGAGGCCGCACGUGUGUGGCAGCUGUACAUCGGGGACACCCGCAGCCGUACCGCAGAGUACAAGGCGUGGUUGCUUGGGCUGUUGCGCCAGCACGGGUGCCACAGGGUGCUGGAUGUAGCCUGUGGCACAGGAGUGGACUCCAUCAUGCUGGUGGAAGAGGGCUUCAGUGUGAUGAGCGUGGAUGCCAGCGACAAGAUGCUGAAAUAUGCACUUAAGGAGCGCUGGAACCGGAGGAAAGAGCCAUCCUUUGACAAGUGGGUCAUUGAAGAAGCCAACUGGUUGACGCUGGACAAAGAUGUGCUAUCAGGAGAUGGCUUCGAUGCUGUCAUCUGCCUCGGGAACAGUUUUGCUCACUUGCCAGACUGCAAAGAUGGUGUCUGUGGCCCUGCCGGGAACCCAGGUGACCAGAGCGAGCACCGGCUGGCGCUAAAGAACAUUGCAAGCAUGGUGCGGCCCGGGGGCCUGCUGGUUAUCGACCACCGCAACUACGACUAUAUCCUCAGCACAGGCUGUGCGCCCCCGGGGAAGAACAUCUACUAUAAGAGUGACCUGACCAAGGACAUUACGACGUCAGUACUGACAGUCAACAACAAAGCCCACAUGGUAACCCUGGACUACACAGUGCAGGUGCCAGGCGCUGGCAGAGAUGGCUCUCCUGGCUUCAGUAAGUUCCGGCUCUCUUACUACCCACACUGUUUGGCGUCUUUCACGGAGUUGGUGAGAGCAGCCUUUGGGGGCAGGUGUCAGCACAGCGUCCUGGGUGACUUCAAGCCCUACAAGCCUGGCCAGGCCUAUGUUCCCUGCUACUUCAUCCACGUGCUCAAGAAGACAGACUGAGUUUCUCCAACUCCCAGAAGCCCCUGCUCAGGCAAUGGCCCCUACCCUAAGACCAUCCCCUAAUGCAGAUAUUGCAUCUGGGUGCAGAUGUGGGGGUCGGGCAAACGGAGUCAACAAUACAGUCUGCCUUCUCCAA